UGAGGGGCGGGGCCAGGCUGGAGCUCGACCCAGUUUGAAAGUGAACCAACGGCUCCAGUCGCAGCUUCAGCCCCCAAACAACAACAACAAGACCCGAACCCCAAGAAUCGAGACCCGGUCCCAGUGUGCUGCACCUGUAGCCGGCCCUCCUGACGAGUGCCACUAUGAUGCGUAAAGAUGUGAACAAGCCGAAGGGGAAGACGUCAGCGUACGCCUUCUUCGUCCAGACGUGUCGAGAGGAACACCGGAAGAAAAACCCCGAGCAGUCGGUCAACUUUGCCGAGUUCUCCAAGAAGUGCUCCGAGAGAUGGAAGGCUCUGUCUCCCAGCGAUAAGAAGUGCUUCGAGGACAUGGCGAAAGCUGACAAGGUCCGCUACAACCGGGAGAUGAGAGACUACGUCCCCCCUAAAGGCUUUGGAAAGAGGGGCCGCAAGAGGAAAGACCCCAACGCCCCCAAGAGACCCCCGUCUGCGUUCUUCGUGUUCUGCAGUGAGUACCGUCCCAGCGUGAAGCAGCAGUGUCCAGGUCUGUCUAUAGGAGACUGUGCUAAGAAGCUGGGAGAGAUGUGGAGCAAACUGUCCCAGUCUGAGAAGCAGCCGUACGAGGAAAAGGCCCAGAAGCUACGAGAGAAAUACGACCAGGACAUGGUGGCGUACCGCGGCGGUGCAACGUAUGCCAGGAACCCCGGUUCUUCAGCUCAGGGUGGAGAGGAGGAGGAGGACGAUGAGGAUGAAGACGAGGACGAUGGAGAGGAGGAGGAGGACGAUGAGGAUGAAGACGAGGACGAGGAGGACGACGAGUAGAGAGACUGAGAGGCAGGCAGGUGUGUGUGUGUUUCAGAGCAGCUGAUUGGACAGCAGGCCAGGGGGCGGGGCUUCACCACAGGUGUGACAUCCUGGUUACAGAGGCUCAGGUGAGUCAGAGCAGCCAUCCAAUCAGGAGCAGCUGCUCCUGUCUCCAUGGUAACAGCAGGUGAUCAUUAUUAACCCAUGGAAUCAGAUGUUCCACAGUAGUCCAUCAGGUAGGAGUCAGGUAAGGAUGAGGGAACAUCAGAACUCACCUGUACUCUGUCUGACCCUCAUUAAUCUGGUGGUUUCAGUGUAGUUCAUGAAGCUUUAGCAUAGAAAGCUAACCAAAGCUAACAGUAGCUUUCCUCCAGUCACCACUGUACUUAGUUACAGUUACUUCUGCAGUUACAGUUACUUCUCCAGUUAGUGUUUAUGUUGCAUGUUUGGUCACCUGAAGCAUGCGGUGCAGCUUAAUGAAGACCAGUUUAACACUCAGCACACCUGUAACCGGGUCACAUGACCCACCUGUAACCGGGUCACAUGACCCACCUGUAACUGGGUCACAUGACCCACCUGUAACUGGGUCACAUGACCCACCUGUAACUGGGUCACAUGACCCACCUGUAACCGGGUCACAUGACCCACCUGUAACCGGGUCACAUGACCCACCUGUAACCGGGUCACAUGACCCACCUGUAACCGGGUCACAUGACCCACCCUUAGUCUGUGGCUCAGCUGAUGAAUCCUGAUGCUGUGUCUGAAUCUUGUGAUUGACAGGUUGCUCUGAAACACACUCAUUGCUGCAGCGUGUGUGUGUGCGCGUGUGCGCGUGUGUGUGUGUGUUGAGGUCAUCAGAUGUUAAACUGUCCCACACCAGAGGAUAGUAGAAUAAACCCCCUCACUGUUACCAUGGUUACCCCUGCACCCCCUCCCCCUGUGUGUUGCCAUGGAAACCCCUGCCCCUCCCCCUGCUCUCCAUCAUCGUCAUGUUGUUGUUUUUUAUUUUCUUAUCGGAGGUUUUCUGUUCCUUGUUCACUGUCAGAGUAGAAACUUCAACUUUUAUAAUAAAAUGACCAACUGAGGGAAAACACAAA